AUGCAGCUGGAGGACUGGUUAGAUGACCUCUGCGUACGAUUCAUUAUCAACUUGCCUCCGGAGGAGCUCCAAUCGGUAGAACGAAUAUGCUUCCAGGUCGAGGAGGCACAAUGGUUCUACGAAGACUUCAUCCGACCCCUUGAUCCCUCGCUACCGUCACUCUCUUUACGCGCAUUUAGCUUGCGGAUUUUCCAGCAUUGUCCUCUCUUCUCCCAAUGGUCCGCCCAAUACCACACUACCGCAUUUGCGGAAUUCCUGGCAUACAAGUCCCGCGUUCCAGUGCGCGGCGCCAUCAUGCUCAAUGAUGCCAUGGAUGAAGUCGUCCUCGUCAAAGGCUGGAAGAAGAGUGCCAACUGGAGUUUUCCUCGAGGGAAAAUAAACAAGGAUGAGAAUGACCUCGACUGCGCGGUGCGAGAAGUUUACGAGGAGACCGGUUUUGACAUUCGCGCGGCAGGACUCGUGAAAGAUGAAAAAGACAUGAAAUAUAUCGAAGUGACGAUGAGAGAACAACACAUGAGGCUAUAUGUUUUUCGAGGGGUUCCAAGAGACACCCAGUUCGAACCGAAGACACGUAAGGAAAUCAGCAAGAUCGAAUGGUACAAAUUGACAGAUCUACCAACACUGAAAAAAAGUCGUCAACACGAAGGGAGCGGCACAGAUCAACCGACUUUCAACGCCAAUAAAUUUUAUAUGGUGGCUCCUUUCUUGAAUCCGCUUAAGAAAUGGAUUGCCCAGCAACGAAAAAAGGACAAUCGAUAUAGCUCGUAUCUAGCAGCACCGCCAAUGGUGCCUGAGGAAGUCGCCCCCGAAGACGACCAGGAUAUCAACGGCGUUGAUGGGGUGUUGACCGAAAGCGCGCCACAAGAAGCUCUCAGUGAUCUGCCCGAAGUCUCAGCACCACCUGUCGAUCCAACUACGCAUCUGAAAGAGAUCCUCAACAUUGGAUCUUCACAAUCUCUACAGCCCGAACUCGGGCGCCGACCCAGUCAUAUGCACCAAGUCGAUACCGAAAAGUCGAAUGCGCUUUUGGCUCUGUUACGAAGCAAUUCGAAGCCUCAGACUGCUGCUAUACCUCGGACGCCUUUAGAACAGAUUUCGUCACAACCCGAAGUAGGGCGAUCACCGCAAGUCUCUCAUGUAAACCCCCCCCAACUAGACCAGGCCCAGCCGUGGCCACUAUUUCAACCACGGUCUCAAUUCCAAGUUCAGCGUCCGGUACAGUCUGGAAAGACCGAGUCGCCCACCACAUCACCACCAACAAACUACCCACAGCCAAUGUCACAGCAGAUUGCACCUUACCAACAGACCGGUGAUCCACAAUUUGCACAACAAGGCACGAGGCUGCAACAUCAACCAACCGUUCCUCCAGCGAGCGCACUACCCAAGUUGACGAAUCACACCAGGGCUCUGUUGGAUGUUUUCAAGAGUGCCGGGACAAAUCCAAGUGUUCCUUCAUAUCCCCUCUCGAGUAAAGGACCUUCGAAUGACUCGUCGGAAGUAGAAGCGCUCCAUCGACCUGAGAGGCAACAACAAAAUGUGUCCACCCAAGCUUCAACAGUGCCGAACCUAGCCAAUCAAGAACAGUUGAGAGCAACGGCCGGUUCUACGUCAACUGUGGCAAUACAGCCGACUGCCAGUGAACAGGUUCAUAGCCAUCUGUCAACUACGACACCUAUUCGAACACCCGCAAACGCACAACAGUCAACCCUUCUCGAUUUACUUAGUCGAACCUCGAAACCAAAACCAACAGAUGCUCUCGCUCCUCCUCAAACUCCACUGGUCGAACUUGCAGCCACAGGCCCUGCCGCAUCUACUAAGAAACCACAAACGGACAAGGACGAGCUGCUUCUAGCACUUCUCAGACAAGGCAGUCCAGAGGCAUCAAGAAAAACAGCUGAAGCAAAGCGCCCACCUCCAAGAGAGGGCGAAACUUCUGCCACUGUCAGCGGCCCUCUGAACCAGCCUGAAUUCGAGGCGAUUUCCAGGAACACUACGCAGAUGACGAACGAGAUGGGACGAAGCCCUCUUACUUCUAACAGAACACUUUACGAUCCCAAUCAACCGACACCAGUGAAAAUUCUGACCCGAUCGGAGGAAUCCCGCCAGCAAGCUCCUCGGUCGCCCCGAGGACUGAAAGUUCCGCCGAAACGGACAUCGAAAGAGAAGUCGACAGCGAAGGAGCAGAGCAAGAUAUUCCAACCUCAAAUACUCCGACGGCCACAAACUGCUGAGACGUCAGAGGCACCCCCGCAGCCCACAGUGAGCGAGACUACAAAUCAUCAAGCAGUUCUGGGAAGUGCUGUCUCUUCACCCCCUGCCAGUGUCGAGGCUAGCGCGAGACCGAUUCCAGUUCGACAGCCUUCCCAAACAGAGGCGCACAAGCAAAGAUUACUCUCUCUCUUUGCCGGGGGCCUGGAUAGCACCCCGAGAGCAUCGACAUUACAAGCUACGUCGGGAGUAGUAUCGCCGUUGACGACGAGCCAGCUUUUCAGUCCAAAUGGUGAGGGACCACUCUCUGGGAUUGAGCCCAUAUCAACUCGAACAUCACGUGGAGGAAGUUUGGCGUCCAUUGGGAGUGGGCCCGGACCUGCUCGCACGGCUAAUGAGAAGCGACAGACGGGUGCAGAAAACAAGGCUUUUCUUUUGGGAUACUUGGGUAGAAUUGCAAGCCAGGAAGGUUGA